CUCUCUUUCUCUCUCUUGAGCUUGAAAAAGAGAUGGCCAAAUUGCCUUUCUGAUCUACAGCGAAGAAGGCGGAAGAAAGGCGAAGCUCUCCAACAUUGAUUUUUGUAAGUUGAUCGAAGCCCUAGAACGAAGAACACAGGAGGAUAAUCGGAAGAAGAACAAGAAUUUUUUGUUUCUUGAGCAUUUUGGUUCGCUAUGGGUUUGUGGGAAGCUUUUCUCAAUUGGCUUAGAAGUCUCUUUUUCAAGCAAGAGAUGGAGUUAUCUCUGAUUGGGCUUCAGAAUGCUGGAAAAACAUCACUUGUAAAUGUUAUUGCAACGGGUGGAUACAGUGAAGACAUGAUCCCAACGGUAGGAUUUAACAUGAAGAAGGUGACAAAAGGAAAUGUAACAAUAAAGCUUUGGGAUCUUGGAGGCCAACCCAGAUUCCGUAGUAUGUGGGAAAGAUAUUGUCGUGCAGUCUCUGCAAUUGUUUAUGUUGUGGAUGCUGCUGAUUACGAGAAUUUGUCCGUCUCCAAAAGUGAACUUCAUGACUUGUUGAGUAAGCCUUCACUCAAUGGGAUCCCAUUGCUGGUAUUGGGUAACAAGAUUGACAAACAGGGAGCUCUGUCCAAGCAGGAUCUCACAGAACGAAUGGGACUCAAGUCUAUAACUGAUAGAGAAGUCUGUUGCUUUAUGAUUUCCUGCAAGAACUCGACGAAUAUCGACACUGUUAUUGAUUGGCUCGUAAAGCAUUCGAAGUCGAAAAACUGAGGUGGCUGCAGGAGUGUGUGCAAUUUCAGCUUCCAACGUGUAAUUGUAGGAGGCAUAUUUGUAGUUGGCAAAUAUGUCUCAGUUGUCCAUCUGAGGCUUUGCUGAUAUCCAACUUCGCUGUCCUGUUUUGUGUUUAUACCUUCGCACAUACCUACAUGUACAUUGGUUUAGAUUUGUAUUUGAUGAGGGCUCUGAUUCUCUUGUUGGUGGGAGGAAAAGGGGGAGAAACAGUGGUUGAUUUUGAUUCGAUUUGACUAUGUGGAUUGUGAUCUAAACUUUUUUUUUCUCUUUGUGUAUGAUUCUACAUCUGUUACUUGG